AUGGGGCGGCAUUCUUGCUGUCUCAAGCAGAAGAUAAGGAAAGGCUUGUGGUCUCCUGAAGAAGAUGAGAAGCUCUAUGAUCACAUCAUCAGAUGUGGUGUUGGCUGUUGGAGCUCAGUGCCAAAAUUAGCAGGCAUUUUUAGCUCUUCCCUGUUGCUGAAAAUUUUCUUUCAUGUUCUCCAAACUCCUCCAUAUAAUUCAGACACUUUUCUUCUAUCAGGACUGGAACGCUGUGGGAAGAGUUGUCGACUCAGGUGGAUCAAUUACCUGCGGCCGGACCUUAAAAGAGGCAACUUCUCUCAGCAAGAAGAGGAUACGAUUAUAAGGCUACACGAGAUCAUGGGUAACAGGUGGUCACAAAUUGCAUCACAAUUGCCAGGAAGAACAGACAAUGAGAUCAAGAACUACUGGAACUCAUGUCUCAAAAAGAAACUCCGGCAGCGGGGAAUCGAUCCAAGCAGCCACAAGCCACUGAGUGAGAUAGCAGCACAAGAAGAAGGGACCAGAACACAUUGCUCUAAUACUGGUGCUGCUUUUGAGCAGUUGCAGUUGCAUCCAGUCUUUGACACCUUCCCACUGAUUGAAAUCCAGACGUGUUUGGAUUCAGUAGAGACUAAUGUAAGCAUCUACGGUCAAUUCCAUCAGACUUUUGAACCAGUAGGGCAGGAUGAGUGCUUAGUCAACUCGGAGUUAUGUGAUCAUGGCAGUGCCUUGGAUAAUAUCGGUCACGAGGACAGUUCAAUCAACAGCAGUAACUGGAACUGCAACAUAGGAUCUGAGAUGAAAAGUGUGUUUGGAGAUGAAGACUUGAACUGGGUAUCUCAGAGUAAGGUGGAAACACCAGCUCAUAUGCAGAUGAAUGAGGAGAAGACUCAUGAACACAAGUUUAAUCAUUGGCAAGAGAAAAAUACCUACCCAAUUCCAGUGAGGUCACUGUCUCAUGAUCUCUCAGAGACCUGCUUCAGUGUCUCUCGAGAUGCAUUGGAAAGUGAAUUCAAUGUGGAUUUCUGCUAGGGUCUCUUGAAAUGCAACUUGCCCUUCUGUCUCCACUCCAUUUGAAAGCCUUUGAAGAGAUCUUUGUAACAUUAUAGGUUCUCUUUUUAGUCUGUUUCUAAUCACAAUUUUUCUUUCUUUUUCUUCUUUUGAUUUCUUUACGAAGUCAAUAGAGUUCUAAUUGUUCUUCUCGAUUCCUUCAAAAGUGGUGAGGUCUUAGAACUUUAGACAAGAAACUAACACAAUUCUCUUCCAUCCCACCUGUUUUCUGCUGCUUGUUUCUUCUCAGUGGAUACUCCCAUCCAUCAACAGAGAUAUAUAUAUCAACUUACCAUCACUUCUUUGCACACCUUCAGUACAUCGUUCAGUGUCUGAUCAUUUUACCACUAUAUUUGCUUUCAUCAGUCAGAUCCUAUUGAUAGACGUUCUACAAAUAAAACUGAAGAAAGAAGCCAAAGCCAACACUUGCUAUUUCUGAAAUUUGUCUCCAGAGGAAGUGAAGCAUCAGGAGCUGUCAAUAACUGGUGAUCCUGCUUCAGCUGUUUCAGUGCUGUUCUUCCACUGCAACAGAAGUGAACUGUUGAUUAGAAGAGUCCUGUCAUUGCUUUCUACUGGCUUUUCUAUGUGCAUAUGGCCUUGAAGAAACUUCAGUUUGAUGCAGUACAACUUCAGUGUCUGCAGUAGCAUCAGUGAUGGCAUUAUAUUAUGUGGAGAAUAUUUCAAUGUGCUGCUUAAGGAUGGUUUAUGCCAACUUGUCAAUAACUAGUACUGUUUGAUUCUUGAAGUAAUCUGUUCUUGAGUGAGCUACAUCCAAACAUAGCAUAUUCUUCUUCUUUGUACUGGUUUAGGUUCAUAUGUCAUAUACUUGCAUGGUUUUGUAUGAAAUGAAUCUGUCUACUCAACA